GCUUCUAUUCAAAAAGCAUCUCUGUAGACCUUAGGGUAUACGGAGGCUAAAGAACCCACUUGUCAAGGAAACUUGCACGAGCGGUUAUACUGCAGACCUUCGGGUCUCCGGUUUUCUUUUCGGUAGGGUGGAGCAGUCCACUUUGCCUCUUUUCCCCUCAAACACUUUUGUUUGAACCCCUUCGACAUGUCUUCACGUCGAACCCCCCUCUCCCCCAUGGGAUCCCAUGAGGGAAACAAGUCUUUAGAAGGUCCAGGCCAAAAGCCUGGACGUAAGUUCAAGUUCCCUGUGAAGCGAGCCCGGGACGCAAUGAAAGCUGGAGGUCAGCCGAGGAACGAUUUCGAGCGGGCCUGGCUUAAAAGGCGUCAAGAUAGGGAGGCUAGGGACCAUUGGGAGCCCGAAAGCUCUCGCCAGGAUGAGCGAAGCAGGCGUAGGUCUCGGUCGCCCUAUGAGUCCACAUCCGGGCGGUACUCGGGCAGUCGUAGGCGGUCACAGUCACCUCAUUCGGGUUCCCAUUACGAUGCCAGUAAAGGCUCCCGCGGCGACUCUUAUCGGUCCCGCGACGAUUCCAACAGACGUGACUCCUAUAGGGGGGUCGCGGAGGUUCUCGCGAUCGUUCGCGGGAGCGGGUUCGCUACAGGAGCCGGACCAGAUCGAUUUCCCGAGACCGUUACAGGAACCGGUCGAGGUCAGACUCCCGAUCUCGCCGAUCUCGCAAGUAUUCGCAGACAGACGAUCGCCGCAGGCCAAAUUCCCCUAGUAGCGUGAAAUCGAUCAGAGAAGCCGAUUCCUGGACCCGGUCAGAUCCAAAGACCAAAAUUUCCGAGACUCAGCGCAUUUCACAUCACCAAGACCGCAGAGCUCCUCCACAAAGUGAUGACCGAUCACAAUCUCCCAUCGUUCGAAAGGAG